AUGCAUGAUUUGCCUUUCCAAUUUGUUAAGUAUGAGGGAAUUAGAACCAUAUUUCAAUAUUUACAUCCUGAUAUACAACUUGUUUAUAGAAAUACUGCUAAGUCGGAUGUUCUUAAAAUGCAUUUGAAGGAAAAAUGUAGGAUAAAAUGCAUGUUGGAUGCAACUCCUGGUAGAAUUUGUUUGACUUCUGAUUUAUGGACUUCUGCAACUACUGAUGGAUAUAUAUGUCUUACUUGCCAUUUCAUUGACAAAGAGUGGAUCUUGCAAAAAAGAGUCUUAAAUUUCUAUUAUAUGCCACCUCCACAUAUCGGUAUAGCAUUGGCAGAAAAACUAUACUCUUUGUUGUGUGAAUGGGGAAUUGAGACAAAGUUAUUUUCUUUAACUUUGGAUAAUGCUUCUGCCAAUGAUGUCUCUGUUGAUAUGUUAGUUACUCAAUUGCAAUUAAAGGGGGCUGUAGUUUGUGAUGGUGAUUAUUUUCAUCUUAGAUAUUGUGCUCAUAUCAUUAAUUUGGUAAUACAAAAUGGGUUGAAAGAUAUUGAUAAUGUUGUUCAUAAGAUUCGGGAAAGUAUUAAAUAUGUAAGAGGGUUACAAGUAAGAAAACAGAAGUUUUUAGAAUGUGUUAAAUUGUUGUCAAUGGACUCUAAGAGAGGUUUGAGACAAGAUGUGCCUAUUAGAUGGAACUCUACAUAUUUAAUGCUUGAAAGUGCAUUGUACUAUCGACGUGCCUUUUGUCAUUUGGAACUAAGUGAUUCAAAUUAUAAGAGUUGUUCUUCUAGUCAUGAGUGGGAGAAGAUUGAAAAGAUAAGUAGAUUCUUGGGUUUGUUUUAUGAUAUCACUUGCAUAUUUUGGAGCACUAAAUAUCCUACUUCAAAUUUGUACUUUUCCUCGGUUUUCUUUUGUUAUGUUACAUUGAAGGAAAAUAUUGAAAGUGAGGAUGAUUACUUGAGAACCAUGGCUAAUCAAAUGCUUAAAAAAUUUGAGAAGUAUUGGUCAGAAUUUAGUUUGAUAUUAACCAUUGCAGUGGUUGUGGAUCCUCGAUAUAAGCUUCAAUUUGUAGAUUGGUGUUAUAGAAAAAUUUAUGGAGCAAGUGGAUCUAGUGAGUUUAUACGUGUGAAGAGCAAAUUAUUUUCAAUAUUUAAGGAGUAUGUUCAAAAAAGAUCUUUGACAUCUUCUACACAUUCUUUGGAUAAAGAAAAGAGUAACACAUCUUGUGGUGUUGGAGAAGAUGUCAUUUCUUUUAGAAAGACAGCUAGUUCCAUUUUAAAGGUAAAUAACUCUUAA